GCAGGAUCUCAACCACCGUCACAAUGUCACCCAAAAAGGCCAAGAAGAAGGAGUCAGGCAGCUCCAAUGUGUUCACCAUGUUCGAGCAGUCUCAGAUUCAGGAAUUCAAAGAGGCAUUCACCAUUAUGGACCAGAACAGAGACGGAUUCAUUGACAAGAAUGAUCUCAGAGACACUUUCGCCGCUGUAGGUCGUCUGAAUGUAGGGAGUGAUGAGCUUGAUGAGAUGCUAAAGGAAGCCUCAGGUCCCAUCAACUUCACAGUGUUCCUCUGCAUGUUUGGCGAGAAGCUCAAAGGUACUGACCCGGAGGAGAACAUUCUGAACGCUUUCAAGAUCUUCGACCCAGAGGGAACCGGUGUCCUGAAGGGAGAUGAGAUCAAGUAUUACUUGAUGUCUCAAGCAGACAAAUUUACGGAAGCUGAGAUGGCUCAGAUGCUGCAGAUGUUCCCUCUGGACGUUUCUGGUAAUCUCGACUACAAGAAUCUCUGCUAUGUGAUCACACAUGGAGAGGAGAAGGAGCAGGAGUGAGGAGACCGGGGGACUAAACUUUUAUUUGUAAUCACAUUCAUCAAUGUCGUUGUCAUUACUCAUUGUCAGUACCUGUGUGGCUGAAUAUGAGCCUUGAGCUUUGAAGACCAGAACAAUGUGUGGUGUAACUCUGUUGUAACUAAUGGAUAAAGACUUUUUGGAAUGUA